AUGGAAUUGGACGAUCUUAUAUCUCUACGUGCUCAGCUUGUUCAAACGCUUACAUCUAUACAAGCAUUAUCUACAACGAGCCAGCUAUGGCGCGGUCCAAUCAUUCAACCCGAGUCCCCAGGAGAGAACGGAGCAGAGGUCCCAGGCCUGAAAUUCUUUGAGGGGUCGGUGAGAAGAGAGAUUGAGACCUUUGAUAAAUCUCUCGCCAAUGAGCACCGCUCUUUGUCCACAUUCUCAACAAAUGCCCAGUACUUCCUCGCGGUGUGGCGCGAGGUGUUGCGUGCCCCCCCAUCAAUACUGUCGAUCGGAAAGAACGUCAACAUUCCACGAUCAAAUGGCCGUGAUAAGCCUUCCGUGAAAGUGGAUAUCAUCGCUGAUGACGGACGUCAGUGGAUACGUGUCAACACCAUUAAAAAUUCUCGACUCCUGGCUGAACUUCGAGAGAUCGACUCAUAUAUCUCUGAGGAUGAGUCUGAGGAAGAGCAGGGCGAUGCCUCGACAUCUCGGGCCUUCGCAGCCACACGUCCGGCUACGGAGGUAGAUAACUCCAUUCUCCGCAUGGCACGCGAUCUUCUGACGGGCGCGGCAAAUAACCCACUUCCAGGCGGGAAGGAGAUCCCACGAAUACAGAUUUGCUUGACGCGCUUAGAGAUUGGGUCUGGUGAAAAUGAUGUUCUCGACUCCCGAGUACAGCAAACUGUGGAUAAACUGCGAACAAUGGGCGUGACUGUUCAGCUGGGAGAAUGGCCUCCUGCUGAAUCCGAAGAUGCGCUGUGUCUAUUGCCCAACGAGCUAAGGCCGACCCGGAAGAUUAACCUGGACCUUUCUCUCCUCAUCGCGCUCAUUUCGGACUUGACGCAUGCGCCAUUGCCACAAUCGGCUGUUGAGGCUGAUAGCCGGUUUCGAUCUCCUGUACGUCCAUGGAAGGAGAGAAACCGACCUAUUUCCAGUCAGCUGGAUGAAGAUGAUGAAGAUAGCGACUUUGGGGACCAUUCUCGCGCAUUAUCAGCUCAGCUUGAGCAAGAGAUGAAAGAUGGUCUACUCGAAGACAUGCGCGACAUCCUCUUUCCCACUUGUACACCAUCGAGCGAUGCCGCCGUCGAAUUUUGGACAACAAAAGAGGCAAUGCAGCGUUGCCUAUCUAUCGUGACCAAAAUUGGGGGGCCAGGUGAACGACGGCGUGCGGCUGCUCUGUUCAUCACAGACUCAACGGUGAAUGAUCCCGACAAGAACGCAUUUUGGCAGGGGUCGAGACAUCCUGUUGGAUAUCUCCCUGGCUUACCUGUCCGCACUUCUGAUGUCCCCUAUUCCACUCCGAUCCUUUCCGAAGCCUUUCUCGCUCGCCUCGCCCACACCUGCCAGGCAGUACUUGCGUCAGCCCCAGAGCAAGCAUCGGUCCCGCGAACCAACCCCGCCAAGCCCAUCGUGCCUCAUCUCACCGCUCACACCAUUCGCUCAUUCCUCAAGGGAGCGGUAGAUGGUAUGACUACGCUCACUGCGAACAAGAUGUCAAUCCGCGCUAUAAUGCGAGAAAUGCGAAGCGUUCACGCCAACAAUGUGUCUGCCGAUCCGGUCACCGAUCUAGUGCCGCAGCAGGACAAACAAGAUAAAGGAGGCAGUGCAACUGCAUGGCUUUGGGUCGUUGAGCCCCGCAGCCUUGCGGAAAGUAUGCGAACAGACUUGGGAACGCCAGACAAUGCACCACACUCUUUGUAA